UAUACGGAAGGAGCUUAAUGCGGAAGUUAAAGAUGCUGCAUUUGUUUGGACAUUAACUACAGUGAAUUCUUACUUAUUUGUUUUGUUCAGUUACUGAUUUAAGCCUAAACAGAACUUCGUGAAGGAUUUAAGCGGCUGCUUGUUGUCGUCACACACGAAAUGGAGGACGCAAACCCGGAGACGAUGACGUCACCGUUAGGGCAGGUGUCCAGCAAGUCUAAGUUGGAUACUCUGUCAAAAGAUGAUCUCAUCAAGUUUGCAAAGAAACAAAUGGUGGCAAUGCAGAAGAUUAAAUUCAAAUGUGCAGAUUUGGAGAAGGAGCUGGAGGUGCUCAGAAGUCCUUCAGAUGACACAGUUAUUCAGGAGCUGAGGGAGAGAAUGGACGCUGUACUGCUGGAGAAAGCUGAGACUCAUCAGAGUUUAACAUCACUGCGCAAAGAACACGAGGAGCUCAAGAGACAAGCACAUGAAACAAUAGAGAAGUUGACGGCGCUUCAGGAUGAAGUUCACAUGAAGAAUAAAGAGUGUGCAGACCUGCAGACGCACACCACCCAACUCACUGCUGACCUCCAGAGCAUCUGUGGAGAACACGAGUCCAAGAUAUCUCAAUAUCAAAGAGAACUGGAGGGAUCCAAGCGGCAGUUUACGGUGGAGAUGGAAGCUCUUACAGACUCUCAGCUGCUGAGGCUCACAGAAUCCCAGCAGGAGAUGGAGAACCUCCAGCAGGAGAUCCACAGACUGAACCGACAGUAUGAAGAUGAUGUGAGAGAGCUGGAGGAACAGCUGGAGAUGAACGCUGCCGACUUCGAGAAGGAGAGAGAACGGCUGCUGUUGCUUCACGAUGAGCUGUCAGAGCAGCUGGCGCUGAAGGAGGGAUUCCUCCAAGACGUUCAAGAAGAAGAAGAGGACGCCGCUGCCGCCAGAGUCAUUCAGGAAGAUUCGGGGAUCGCGAAGGUGCUGGAUUUCCAGCCAUCUGACGACUCCGGCGAUGAAGCUGCCAUGCUCAAAUCUGCACUGGAGGAUUUGCAGUCACGGACGGUCAUGCUUCAGGAAGAACUGACCUUUCUGAGAAACGUGAAACUGGAGCUGGAGUCUGAGCUGAAGCAGGUCAAACAUGACUUCACCGUGGAGAAGGAAGAACUGGAGUUCAGAAUCAACGAGCUUCAAAUGAACAAAGACGACGGUGACACGUCCGUAGACAAGACAGGAAAAAGAUGCCCAAUCUCUGUUGAACGUCGUCAUCAGAACGUCCAAACCAUGGACGGCAGUGCCGAACAUCAAGAAGAGAUUCAUCAGAUUCGGACACACCCAAAUGUGGAUCUCCAAGAGAAAGCCCAAGACUUUAUCACACAAUAUCAGCUGAAGAAAAGGCAGACGGAAGCUUCUCUUCAGACUCUACAAGAGAAUCUUAAGAGCGUCUUCCAGGAGCGAGAGCGACCGUUGGAGAAUCUCUCAAAUGCAGAUGGUACGUCAGAGCUGUCCUUUGAGGACGCGAGGAGAGAAAGUGAAGACAUUCUAUUGCAGCUGCUACAACCGGACACUCUCGUGGAAGAGUUGAAAGAAAUGCUGGACAGCGGAUGGAAUAUCAGGAAACAUCAGGACGAUGACAACGAGAAUCUGAUAAGCAGAGAAAAGGAGGAGCGUAUAAAGACUCUGGAGGAGGACGCCUGUGCUCUUCGAUCCCGAGACAAACAUCUCACGUCUCAGAUCUCACAUCUGUCAGAAGAGAGGGACGCCCUUCAGAGGAACAUGAAUGUUAGUCGACGUCAACUCUCUGAAGCUCUGAAUCGCAUCGCUGAAAUCCUCCAGCAGAACGAUUCUGAGGCUGAAGUCGACGUGACGUCUGACAUCUCGACCUUGAUAGACCAUCUCGUGACGAAAGCCAAGGAAGAGAAAAGCAGAUUAACCCAGCAGUUUGAGGAAAGAGCCGAGCGCUUGGCCGUAGACUUGGAGAACGCCAGGCGUCUGGGUGAGGAGCAGACGACUGAGCUUCAGGAACAUCUCAAAGACAUCAGCCGAGAGAAAGAGCUGCUGAAGGCCAGUUUACAUGACAUGCUGUUAGACACGGAAGCACUGCAGAAAGACCUGCGAGAAAUCCAAGCCAUGAAUGAAAAGCUGAGAGGUGAAAACCAGACCCUCCUCACUCAGAUCACUGAUUUCAGCAGGAGUCUAGAGGAGAAACCACGUGAAGAACAUACUGACACACAAGUGAGUGACACGACACAACUCCAGCAGAGUCUUGCUGAGAAACAUGCUCUCAUAUCACAGAUGACGGAAGAAAUCUGCCGCGCACAGCAGACGUCAGUCUCUGAUGAAGACAUGAAAGUGUUAUCUCAUAAAAUAGAAAUCCUGGAGAAAGAAAUGAAAGCCAAAGAUGAGCGGAUGAAUAAAAUCAAAGCUGUGGCUGUAAAGGCCAAAAAGGAACUUGACAACAGCAAGAAAGAGGUUGUUGCUUUAAGUGAAGAAGUUGGAAUGUUGAAGGAUGAUCGAGACAAACUAUCAGGAUUCAUGAAGGACAUCAUUCAUGGAGCAGAAGACUAUAAGAAUUUGUUGGUGGAAUAUGACAAGCUGAGUGAAGUUCUGGAGAAAGGGAAAGAGAAGCUGGAACAGGCAGAGCAACUCAAUGAAGAUUUAAGCAGACGUCUAGAGAACACAAGUCAGCAGCAUGAGCUCUUGUCGUCCGAGCGAGAGGAUCUGAUGGUGAGGACAGAGACGCUUCGGAGUAACGUCACCCAGCUGCAGUCACACACACUGGAGCUCCAGAAGAUGAACGGUGGCCUGGAGAAACAGCUGGAGGCAGAACGACUUGUAAAAGAACAGAAGGCUAAGGACCAUCAGUCUGCUGUGAAAGAUGUGGAGGAGCUUCAGGCUCAGAUAAGCAAACUCAAACAUCAACUCCAGCAGACAGCUCAGGAACUGGAGCAGCUAAGAAAGGACGCCCAGCAGAGCACAUUAAUGGACAUGGAGAUGGCAGAUUAUGAGAAACUGGUGAAAGAACUCAAUCACAAACUGUGUGAGAGAGAUAGACAGAUCGAAGAGUAUAAAACACAACAACAAACACAGAAAGAACAAGAACAGCGGCUGAAUGAAGAAAUCGAGUUUCUGAAGGUGAAGGUGGAUCAGACAGAAGAGAAAGCAUCCAAGAUGAAACAACUGCUGGUCAAAACCAAGAAGGAUCUUGGAGAUGCAAAGCAAAAAAAAGCAGAACAGAUAGUGACUCAAUCUGCUCUGAGAGGAGAACUGGAGGCCCAUCAACAGCAGCUGGAGGAAUAUAAGAUCCAGCACAGUGAUCUUACAGCAGAGAAACAUCGACUGGAGGAACAGCUGAAGAUGAUGAAUGAUCAACAGCAGAGAUCCUCCAGCUCCUAUCAGCUCAAACUCAACGUCCUGCAGGACGAAUGCACCGCUGCCAAGGCCGAGCUCGCUGCCACUGUGUCUGAGUUUGAGAGUUACAAGGUGCGAGUCCACAACGUCCUGAAGCAACAGAAACACAAGAGCUCAAAGCAGAGCGAUGAAGAAGCGUUCAGACAGGACAGAGAGCACAUGGACGGUGUGCUGGAGCGUCUGCGCAGACAGCUGCAGGAGAGUCAGCAGACGCUUCAUUCGAGUACAGCGGAACUGCAGCAGCUGCACGUAGAACACGACACGCUGCUAGAACGACACAACAAGAUCCUGCAGGAGAGCGUCACUAAAGAAGCUGAACUCAGAGAGAGACUGUUGACGCUUCAGUCUGAGAACAUGUCACUGAAGUCUGAACACGGACAGUGCAUGUCUCACCUGAACGCUCAGACCGAAGCCCUUCUGAACAGCUUCCGCGAGCAAGUGCGCCACCUGCAGGAAGAACACUGCAGUACGAUGGAGACGCUACAACAGCACAUCAGUCGUCUGGAGACGCAGCUGUUUCACAUGCAGAAAGAAUCCAGCAGCAGCAGCAGCGGUCCAGCCGUGGCAUCGAGCCGGAAGUGUCAGGUGGACAGAAAGGUUAUUGAUGUUCCUCAGUUUGAUCUGCAAGGUGUCGCUCGUGAGGAGUGUGAGGGGAUGGAAACCACAGAGACUGAAUCAGCGUCGUCUCCUGGGACCCCGCUGGCCUCUCUAGAGCACCUCCUCACUGCUCCAGACCCCAAACACGAGCCUGUUGUUUGGCAGGUGGAGCUCAGUAAAGAGGAAGUGACACAGAAACUCAACACUGCCACCCGCAGCAUGGAGCAUCUGAAUGGUUUGCUGCAUGAGACUGAAGCCACCAACGCUGUGCUGAUGGAGCAGAUCACUCUGUUGAAGAGUGAAGUGCGGCGACUGGAGCGUAAUCAGGAGAGAGAGAAAUCUGUGGCUAAUCUGGAAUAUUUUAAGAAUGUGUUGUUGCAGUUCAUCUUCCUGCGGUCGGGCAGCGAGCGUCAGGCGUUACUCCCCGUCAUUCACACCAUGCUGCAGCUCAGUCCAGAAGAGAAGAAUAAACUGGCUGCCAUCGCUCAAGGCGAGGAGGAGUCUGUCAGCUCCAGAGGGUUAGGGUGGACGUCGUAUCUGCACAGCUGGUCAGGGAUCAGAUAAAAACACACUGACCCCCACAUCAGUAAAGGACAUCGUCCAUAUGAAGGAAUAGAAGUGACCAUCACCAGCACAUCACCUCUCUCUCUCGUUUGGCUUAUUUAUCUGUAUUUAUUCUCAUCUUGUUGCACAAGCGUGGGUGUUGCUUGAUUUCAUAUCAACUGUGAACAUGUACUUUUGUAUUGAAACACUCUCAUUAUCAGAUCAGGGGUUUCUCAUGUGGAGGCAGCAGAAUGUAUUUAUUACAAGAACAUGAUUCUAGAAGUGAAAGAUUAACGGUAAAUUGUUCAAAUCUGCUGGUACAAACAAUGUUUGAUUGUUGAAGGUUUAGCUGGUGUAAGUUUCUUUUAAUGCUUGUGAAUCUGAAAGCGUCGCUUUCUCUACUCGGUUCUUUUCUGUUGCUUGUCAAUGUUGUAUAUUGGUGCACUGAAAAUAAAUGAUACAUAAAAGAGAA